UCUGAUCAAGGUAGCAUUUAGGUCGGUGCUCGCCUCCACUUUCUUCAGUCGUUCAUCCACUGCAGAAAAGUUAUUCGACAUCGAAGAAAUGGCAGGGCCGGCUUUGUUCAACCAGGAGAUGCCCAUGUUGAUGGCACAAGGGAUGCCCAAACAACAUAAAUUCAGCCCGUACUCGGACAACGGCGGGAGUCUUGUCGCAGUUGCAGGCAGUGAUUUUGUUGUCAUUGCAUCCGAUAGUCGACUGAGCACUGGAUACAGCAUUUACACGAGGGAGCAGUCGAAACUCUUCAAGUUGUCUGACAAGUGCGUUCUAGGCUCUGGAGGAUGCUGGUGCGAUGUCCUGACAUUCACGCGGUUUUUAGAAGCACGUAUGAAGAUGUACCUUCAUGAGCACAACAAGCCGAUGAGCACUCCAGCAGCAGCUCAGCUGAUCAGCACCAUGUUGUACUACAAGCGAUUCUUCCCUUACUACAUAUCCAACAUUCUGGCCGGGUUAGACGAGGACGGAAAGGGAUGUAUCUUUUCCUACGAUCCCGUCGGCCACUGCGAACAGAAGGAGUACAGGGCCGGUGGAUCGUCGAGUGCCAUGCUCCAGCCGUUACUGGACAACCAGAUUGGCUUCAAGAACAUGGAAGGAGCCAAGCCGGAACCACCCACGAAGGAACGUGCCGUCAGCAUCGUUAAGGAUGCCUUCAUCUCUGCUGCGGAACGUGACAUCUACACGGGAGACUCUGUUGUAAUUGUUGUAAUUGACAAAGAUGGAAUCCACGAAGAGAAGUUCCCCUUGCGCAGAGAUUGAGAUGUCAGUUGAGUUUUGGCAAGUGCCACUUAAAUUGGGAAAUUAAAAGUGUGCCGGUCAAACAAACAUCUCAUCUUUCUGGCAAAUGGAAAAGUGGCGCAAUUGACAAAUUU